GAUUUAUCAGCGUUAUUAAGAUCUAUCUUACAUUUGAUGGUCAUGUAUCUGACCAUUGUUGAAGUGAGCGGCGAGAAAACCCAUAAACCUGGACGGGGGAGAGGUUCUAUGUGGUGGGGCAUUGCCAAGGUGGGCGAACCCAACAAUAUUUCACCCAUUAGUUCGGGUAUUAUGUAUGUCGAUCCAGCCAUACACACCACAUUGAGACGUAAACAGCGUCGUCUGGUGCGUGACAAUCCCGGUGUGCUGGGUGCCUUAGUUAAGGGAGCAAAUUUGGCUAUUAGCGAAUGCCAGCAUCAAUUUAGAAAUCGUCGUUGGAAUUGUUCAACGCGUAAUUUUCUAAGAGGCAAAAAUCUUUUUGGAAAAAUUGUGGAUAGAGGAUGCCGUGAAACUGGUUUCAUUUAUGCCAUAACCAGUGCCGCUGUCACCCAUUCCAUUGCCCGUGCCUGCAGCGAGGGUUCCAUUGAAUCUUGCACCUGUGACUAUAGCCAUCAGACUCGUUCACCCCAGGCGAAUGCCCAGGCCGGCAGUGUGGCUGGUGUACGCGACUGGGAAUGGGGUGGCUGCUCGGAUAAUAUUGGUUUCGGUUUCAAAUUCUCACGUGAAUUUGUUGAUACCGGUGAACGUGGCCGUAACUUGCGGGAGAAAAUGAAUUUGCACAACAAUGAGGCUGGCAGAGCGCAUGUCCAAGCUGAAAUGCGUCAAGAGUGCAAAUGUCAUGGCAUGUCUGGCUCAUGUACCGUUAAAACUUGCUGGAUGCGUUUGGCCAAUUUCCGUGUCAUCGGUGAUAAUCUUAAGGAUCGUUUUGAUGGUGCCUCUCGGGUAAUGAUGAGCAAUAGUGUACGGGCCAGUGGUAGUGCCAAUGCUGUGGGAGGUGCUUCAAAUAUUAGCCCAAAUGCUGUGGGUGUUUCACCCAAUGCCUUGUCACCAAAUGCCGCCAGUCCAAAUGCCUAUGAUGAGGAACGUAUGCUGAAUGAUGAACAUGUUGUGAAGCAUCAUCCAAAUAUGCCCUCACCAAAUAGUUUGCCCAAUCAAAGUGGUGUAUCGCGUAACAGUGUGCGGGGACGUGGUCAACGUCAGGGUCGUAAAAACAAUAGAUAUUCGUUUGUUUUGAAACCCCACAAUCCCGAUCACAAGCCACCAGGUACCAAGGAUAUUGUCUACUUGGAACCAUCACCAUCGUUCUGUGAAAAGAACUUGCGUUUGGGCAUUCAGGGUACACAUGGACGCCAAUGCAACGACACAUCGAUUGGUGUUGAUGGCUGCGAUCUGAUGUGCUGCGGCCGUGGAUAUCGUACCCAAGAGGUGGUCGUUGUUGAACGUUGUGCCUGUACAUUCCACUGGUGCUGUGAAGUCAAGUGUAAAUUGUGUCGAACGAAAAAAACGAUACACACGUGUCUGUAA